AUGAGUGAUUCGCGCGAUGAGGCAAAAAGACUUCGUGACAAGGAUUUCGAGGAGCUCAUGGCUGCCUGCGACACCGCCAAAAAUGCUGCAAAAAAUGACGGGUCAAUCAUCAGAAAUAUGGAGCAUCUGAAUAUGUAUGAUGAUUUGGUACCAAAAGCCAAUGUCUCGGAUGCAAUCCUUGAUGGCGAUGGAUUUGGCAUCACCACUACAACCGCUGUCGCAAAUCCGAGAGAGAGCCCCUCUAAGAAUCCCUCCACGCGAGUCUACCCUGACUCAUCUACACAUCUUCCGCUCGAUCUCAAUUCCAAUUUUUCUUCACCAGCACCUGAGGCACGUGAAAGGUCCACCUUCAACUCAAAACUAGAUACAACACUGAGGGCGCUGGACAGGCUGGACUCAUCAGUGGAAUCGGAAGAUCCCUUGACAGUUGUUGAAAAGGACGACAAUGGCUUUAUCUUCUAUAAAUGUCGCUUUUGCGGUCUAACUUUCAACUACAUGAACACUCUGCGAGCGCAUGAGAGGGUUCAUAAUAUUUCGCAGCCAUAUGUAUGCGGUAAAUGCGGCGAAUCAUAUGAAUUUGCCUGUCAGCUGGAAUACCACACACUGCAACACGGUGAAACGAAGGGAUACAAGUGCGAAUGCGGACGUACUUUCUUUUCCUACACAGAGAUGUUAUACCAUAAGCAUCCAGAAGAUCUCAAAGAGGAGAAGGAAGCGAAGGAGCUUUAUGGAAGUGCAAAGCUUGUUCACCCAUCAACUAGCCGUGUUGCGCUUCUCCAAGAUAUGCCUAAUCCAGCAUUUGUGGAAGAGGGUUAUGAGCCGAAGCAUCCAAUGAAGGUCUAUUCCGACGUCCGCUCAAAGCCGUAUAUAUGUGAAUAUUGCUCAAAAAGUUAUGCCGAUAGUCGUCAACUCGCCUAUCAUAUGUACAGUCACAGAGGCGAACGACAGUUUAAUCCACGCUCCUCAAGAUAUCUAAUGGGUCGCCAAGGAGUAGGAUACACUGAUCGUAGAUCGUACGCUUUGUUUCCGUUAACUAGUGGUUAUGUACCCCCUAUGUAUUGAUUGUGCUUCAUUGAUUUCAUAGUAAAUAGCUGGACAUGUUCAACCGUUCG